UCCGAGGCCGUUAACGGCGGCGCGGCGGUGCCGUGGCUCCAAAACAAAGGGCAGGCGGCCCGCGGGGCGGCGGCGGGAGGAUGUCUCGCGCCCUGCGGAGGCGCCAACGGCCGCAGCGAGUCCCGGGCCCUACCCGGGCCGCCUAAGAGCCUAUCCCGCGCUGACCGAGCCCCGGGCUGGAUGGGUGCUGCGGGCCGGGGCGCGGACCGCGGAGCGGCCAUUGUGACAUUUUUCUCUCGUCCCAGCUGUGUGGACAGUGCCACACGCCCUCUGAACAACAACGGCUCUUGCGUGCAUAUUCCAGUGUUUCUUCUGUCAGAGAGCCCAGCAGAGCCAUAAUUCUUCCAGUGCCAGCCCAGGGCUGAGCGAGGAGUGCCCAGCAGAGAUGGUGAAGAUGACAAAAUCCAAAACUUUCCAAGCUUAUCUGCCAAACUGUCACCGAACGUACAGCUGUGUCCAUUGCAGAGCCCACCUCGCCAAUCACGAUGAGCUGAUCUCUAAGUCCUUUCAGGGAAGUCAGGGACGUGCCUACCUCUUCAAUUCUGUGGUGAAUGUGGGCUGUGGCCCCGCGGAGGAGAGAGUCCUUCUCACUGGCCUACACGCUGUUGCAGACAUCUACUGUGAAAACUGCAAAACUACGCUCGGGUGGAAAUAUGAACAUGCCUUUGAGAGCAGUCAGAAAUAUAAGGAAGGGAAAUUUAUUAUUGAGCUUGCCCACAUGAUCAAAGACAACGGUUGGGAGUAAAGUGAAGACUUCCUGUUCUCUUCUGAAUACUAUUUUGUGAAAGAGACUGUAAUGGAAUGGAAACAGGAGCAUCCUGGAUGAUAAUACUUCUUGAACUUGAACCUCGCAAGCCACCUCUCCUGACCAUUCCCAUGGGUAAGGUUCCAUCCGGUCUAUGUCCUCUUCACACAUGUGAUCUUUUCUGAAACAUUUCAAUGACCUUUUCCUAACAUCUCAAGUUCUAGAGAAAGAAGUAACCAGCUGAUGACUUAUCCAUCUAGUGAAUACCUUUUUUAACCUAUGCCUUUAAGAUAGAGUUUGGCUGUGCUCUUUCAUGUUCAAUAGAAACCAGACCAAUCUCUCCAGACUAUAGGGACAAGGUCUCUCUAGAGAGCGGGGCCACCCUUGUCACUUAGAGUGGAGGUGUUGUAGCCCACUGUUUUCCUCAUUUGCAAAAUUACAAAUUGGUUAUUCCUCUUGCAAAUGAGCUUUUGUCAUAGUGCUCAUUUCAGAAUCUUCCAGAAGCAGUCAACAAAUCUGUAUACAAAGGGUGUUUUUGUAGCCUUGUUCAGUCAAAAACAGGACACCAGUGAUAAUAUUUUAGAUAAGCUAUAGAUAGAGGAAUGUGUCUAAUGGAACAUCUUGUUUACUUAGGCCAAUACCUUCCUUAUGUAGAAAGCAAGGGAACCAGUUGUUAGCAAAGACUGUCCCAGGGCCCUGCAGGUGCAUGUGUCUAUCAGUCGCUGAGUGGCUGGUCCACGGAGUGAGUAAUAGUUUAACACACUGGACUGAGUAAAUCGGAUUUCCUUUUCUACUCUGAUGUACUUGAAGAAAAAUAAUUAUUUUUGCGUUUGAAAGAGGCCAAAACUAAUAGGAUGAACUUCCAAACUUGAGAUUUGCUAGAUUGUUUUAAUAUUUUCAAAAAAGGUUAAAGUUGCAAGGCAGGUUUAAGUUUCACAAGUGAGAUGUUUGGUUUGCUUGAUGGGUCCCCAUGCCCUGCCUGGUUCUGUCCCCAGGGCUGACACAAACGGGCCUGGACAGUCCCCUAAGUCCUGCGUUUCUGCCAUGUAUUUUAAGUUCUGAUCCACCCGUGUUUCUGCAGGGAGUGGGCACUAUGCAGGGAUUUUGGCCAAUUUGCAGAGAAUGGAGGCCAAAAAACAUUCCCAAAUAAGUUUUGGUUUUCACUGUUCUAACUCGAUGCCAGCUGGUGGGCCAGGCAUUUGGAAAGACCUUCGGUGUGGUCACCAUGGCAUGAGACUCACAGGACCCCAGCACCAAGGGACAGGAAAAGGGCCUGGGGGAGGCAGGCCGAGAGGAGAGCAGUGUGCCCAGAUGCUUCUCAGCCUGUGGGAUGGCUCUGAAACUGCCUUUUAGACAAGGUUAGUCCAGUGGCAACAAGUGUAUCUGGCAGGGGACAGUGAGAGAAGGGAGGCCCCUUCCCUGACUCCAGCCUCCCCUGAGCCUAGAGCCCCUUGCCUGUGCAGGCACUGGUCUCUCCUGCCCGGUUCUAGUUCAGCUACUCACCUAGUCCCUUUCGGCCCCAUCUCUGCGUGAGUCGAAGCCUUGGAAUGUGGGAAACAUUGCAGCCCUGAGCACGCGGACGUCAGGGCUAGUGAGCGCAUGGAGGAGCCCCUGACAUAUGCCUUCGACUAUGAAGGGAAGACCUUUGUACAGCUGUGGAAGCCUCUGCACUUGGCAGGUGCUCCACCUGGCUGCUGCUUCCCUGAGCUGGUGUCCCCACAGAUCUAGGCCGUCCUGGCACAUCCCCAUGUAUCCAAGUUAGUGUUCGGCUAUGCAGCCUUCGAGCCUCCGGGGCAGGGUCACUCUUGUGGCAGUUAUUCACGGUGCUCUCGCUGCCAUGGACCAAAAUCUGAGGAUGCUUCACUCGCGCACUGGCAUUUGAAACAGUAAACAUCUGCAGCUCAUCCUUAGUGAAAACGUGGAAGGGACUGAAAGACACCUUCCUUGAGGAGUACCAAGCAUUGAAAACGGCCUGAACUGACAUUUCCCUUCUCGUCUUGGUUCCUCUGCAAACCUCAGUACUGUAUCUGGAGGCGAGGACCAGGGAAAUGGGGCCGUGUGACAACUGCAGGGGCCGAGGGCAGCUGCUCCUGAGCGCUUCUCCGUAAGAGCUUCACUUAAACUGAAGAAUCUUCUAAAAUUCUUCUGACCAAUCUUUGUAUAUACUAAACAUAUUUAAAGCUUUUAUAUGUUCUGGGCAAGUAUACUGCUCCUUCGAUUUGAGCACUUUGGUUUUUGUAUCGUCUUUUGUGAUGGCAUUGAAACCCUUUCCUAGUGGUCCUAUGACUUACUUGUAUUUUUUGUAAUUGAUGCCAACACUCUUACCACUUUUUUGUUGGUCUUUUGCAAAAUCCAAGCUCCUUUUGAAACCAAAUGAACUGUGAGCUGGCUUCAGGGAAGGAUGUCCACAAGACCAUGAUGUGCUGGUAAAGUGCUGGAAUGUUCCACCUUCUUAAAUUCCUAAACAGUAAAUAUCAUCCCUGACUUUUAUUUAAAUUAUUUAAAAUAUUUUUUCCUUGAGAGGAGUGGGAGGUGAUGCCAGGAUUAUAAAUGCAUUUAACUUAAACUACAUUGAGUCCUCUGGCACAGUACAUUUGCUUUAGAAAUGUGGUUUAGUUUUGUUGCUGUUUUAUAUAUACACAUAUAUAUAGUAUUUUUAUACCUUAGAGCUUAUUCUUGAUGGCAUCUGUCAGAUAUUAGGAAGGAUCAGAAAUGGGAAUUUUUCAAGUCAUUUAAUUUACUUGAUGACCUCACCAGGUACUUACAAAAUCCAAGUGGUUUUAAUAUCUGGAAAACUACAAUUUAAGCUCCAAAAUGACCUACAGAAAUGUAAACCCUCAUUUGUCAAAGGCGCUGGGCUAGCCUGUCCUCCUGCUGUGGGGCGGCUCCGUGGGGCUGCAGCCUGGGCCGGCCCAAAGGUUUGUCCCUGGAGCAGGACUGCCAAGCUCAAGUGUACAAGCUUCCCUCGGCAUCCCUGUGUCUGGCGCUUGGUCCUGUGUCUGUAAGAGGUUUACAAAUAAAGCUUCCAUGUCCAA